AUGCCCGCCGCCACUGCCAACAAGUCCAAAAUGGAUAAACAGCAGCCCAAGCAACAACGUCCCCAGCCAGUGAUGAGUAAAGCGGCACCCGCAACCCCGAAGCAGAACGCUUGGAGUAAACCGUUGAAAGCGGUUCCUUCGGCACCUCCCGGUUUAGGUGGUCCUCGGCCGACGGCGCCAUCCACAAAGGCACCGUCCGAAGCCGAAACGGCAACCUUCGUUGCUUUGCGGGAACGCUAUUUGGGACUUUGCUUGAAUCUGGUCGGCCACAAGGUUGUGGUGCAUUUGCGAGACGGCCGGCAGCUGGAAGGUAUUUUUCACACGGCCACUUCGUUUGCUUCGAUCGACGCCAAACUCCGCAACCAGUACGUCUUGAAAGGCACCCAGACUGUGAAAGCUACGACUGCGGACUCUAAAGCCAAUACCGUUACUCCGAUUCAACCCAAUGCUACCGUUGUGCUGGACAUGAGCAAGGUUGUGAGCUUGCAUUGUAAAUCCAUUCGUCUGCAACAUCAGGUCCCAUCGUCAUCCGUGGACAACUCGUUUACCGACACGGAGAUUUCUAAAGGUGCGGCUCGGACAAACGACGCGGGCUUGGUGGCGGCCGGAGCGGCAUGGACUACGCCGACGGCAAAGGCCGGCGGUGGAAUCGAUACUCCUGUAUCCACUGCCGGUACUGUUACACCAAGAUCAACCACUGGAUUGAAAGCGUCGAUUGGUGGAUGGGAUCAGUUCAGAGCCAACAAGGAGCUCUUCAACGUCACAGCCUCGUUUGAUGAGAAUCAAUACACCACGGUACUGGACAAAAAUACGGUCGACGCGCAGAAACUACGGGAGGCGGAAAAACUCGCGGCAGAAAUAGAAAAGUCCGUGAGUACCAACUGGCACGUUGCCGAGGAGCGCAACCAGGUGGUACAGGGAGACUUUGACGAAGAAGACCGGUACUCGGGAGUUAUACGGGAGGAGAAAGCGAAAUCUCCGGCGGGAAAAUCUGCAACCGUGCCGGCCGCAACCAAGGCUCCGGAAGCCGAGCCCGUGGCAGCGGUACAGAAGAAGACCAUGAAUUAUGCGGCGGCCGCGAGUAAAAAGGCAGAACCGCAGGCUGUUGUUGUUCCACAUGCGGUCGUCGAAGCCAAAAAGAAAACGGAGCCCCCAGCCACUCUUAAGAAAGCAAACAAGGCAACACCAACAAUAACAACUCCUGCUCUGACGGCUAAAGCGGCCGAGUCGAAGACAGACGUACCAGCAAAACAGGUGACACAAUCCGCAGAGGACAAACCAUCCACGGAAACUACUUCGGAGGAGCCUGUCAAGGAAACGGCCAAAGAGGAAGAAAAACCCAAAUCCAAGUUGAACGCUAACGCCAGUUCGUUUUCCUUUAACAUCAAUGCUAAAUCCUUUACGCCAGGAACACCAGCGGCUCCGCCGGCGGCGUUUCCUGACCAAUCUUACGCGAUCGAUCCUCAUACCGGUAUGCCUUUGCAGCAAUACAUGAAUCUACCGCCGCACAUUGGACAACCAGCCAUGAUGCACAUGAUGAACCCUGGCGUUCGGUAUCCAUAUCCUGGUAUGGAGCACCAUCAUGUUCCUCCACAUCAGCAACAACAAGUUCAUUCCCCAGCAAAAACGGGUUCUAUAGUAUCCCCGGUGCCUAGCCAGGAAGCUGCUCCCGUUACAGAGGAUGGGAGUGUAGCUUCAGGAGCUGCGAUUUCGCAGCCACAAGAUGGCGAGGCAACGGAGAUGACGCCACAGAACGCCCCUCAGCCGUAUCCCGUACAUCCAUCGCAAUAUCCCGCAAUGCCUCCCCGCGGUGGCAUUUCGGGGUACCAUCCCCAAAUGUAUCCUGGACAAUAUAUGCAUCCUCCACCCAAUCCAAUGUACCAUCUCCCUCCCCACCGACCCAUGUAUCCGAUGCCCCCCACUGUUCCUCCCAACAUGAUGCGUCCAUACGGCCAAGCAUACUCGAACGCACCCAUGCCUUACGGAUACUACGAAGACGACGGCAAUGGCGCUGGAACCGGUGGUCGUGGUGGGCGCGGCGGUGGUCGAGGAGGUCGCGGCAAUGGGCGUGGUGGACGAGGCGGGCGAUUAUACGCUGGUCGCGAUGGAGGUCGCGGGCGCGGACAAACAGGUGGGCGCUUUCAGAGUCCGCCAACGGGCCCGGCCCAUCCGACUGAUGCCGACACUUUGGAGCCCGCACCUUUGACGGAUCCGACGCCGGCCAUGGCGGCGGGCGCAACCCCGAAUACGGAAGAAGCGUCCACUUGA